AUGGCGAUAAAUGACAACGGCAAUUUUGAUAAUGGCUGUCGAGACUCUGUUGAAGAAGAAAAGCAUGAAAAGAGAGGGGUUCGAGAUAGAUGGAAUUUACUAAAGAACAAGUUAAAAAAGAACAGACGUGAGGAAGAAGCUGCAAGCGGUAUUGAGGUGGAUGAGCAGGAUGAAAAAGAUAUACUGAUAGAGGAGCUCAUUGAUCAAGAAGAGACAACGCAAAAAAGCGUAGGAAGCAAGGACAAGAUUGAUAAAGCUGCAGCAGAAGAUAUAAGAAACAAAGCCCUAGAAAGAUUGGGAGAAACCAUGAAGAGAAAACAAGAGGUUGAUGGUAAUGAGGCAACCAAGAAAACCAGAACAAGAAGUACAGAAGGUGUUUUAUCCUUUUUAAAAGUGAAAGCUGAACAAGAGCUGGAGAUAAGAAAACAAGACCAAAAGAUACAACAGCAAGCUCAACAACAACAACUGCAACAGCAGCAAGAGAUUCUGCAGAUAGUCCAAGCCCAGAAUGAGCAAAUGCACACACUCCAACAACAGCAGCUGCAACAAAAUCAAGCUUUAAUGAUAAUGCUACAAAAGGUUAUUACUAACCAACCAUAACUCCAAGCAAACACUUGCACCAUU